AUGGACAGCCAUAACCGCCUCUUCCGUUUCCCGAAGCCUCAAUGGCUUAACAGCGCUAAUACUCGCACCGCAGGCGUCUACUUUGCCGGAGCACUUUUCUCCCUCGGCUUCUUCUUCUUCCUCGACGCUGCCGUCUUUUCCAGAACCCUCAAUGGCUCCAACAUCCACAUCAACUUCGUGGACUGGAUCCCCGUGAUCUGCUCCUCACUCGGCAUGCUGGUCAUCAACUCGAUUGAGAAGUCGCGGCUUUCCGCCGACUCGUUCUCCUACUCUGGCAACGGCGUGGCAUGGAAAGCGCGCACGGUCUUGUUCCUGGGAUUCGCAUUGUUGGCAGGCGGGCUGGCUGGAAGUGUAUGUGUAUUGGUCCUGAAGUACUUGAUCAAUGAGGCGGAGUCAGCUACACUGUGGAUGGGUAUUGCAAACGUGCUGGGGAACGGCCUCGUCAUGUUGAGCAGUGUGGUGCUCUGGGUCAGUCAGAACAUGGAAGAUGACUAUACUUAUAACCUGCAGCUAUGA